AUGUCCUCGACUAAGAAAGACGAGGCAUGGCAUUGGAAGAUCGGAAGAAUUCCAGCGAUAAUUCAUGUCAUUGCAUUAAUCAUGGGUGCACUUCCAGAGUCUCCUAGGUGGCUUUAUAGAGAGGGACGGAAAGAGGAAGCUGUUGAAACAUUACAUAAGAUCAGAUUUCCUUGCGAAGUUUCCAAAGAGAUGAAGAUAAUGAAGUCGGCAAUGGAAGCUGAAAUAGCCAAACAAGGUAGGAUUGCGGAUUAUGAAAAGUUGUAUCGGACCACAGAUCCGCUCAGGCUUUUCUCCAGACGAUAUGCAGAUUUAAAAGCUAACCUACCAUACAGAAGGAUUAUCGCAGGUGUUGGCUGUCUAGUUGCUCAACAGUUUGUUGGUAUGAACAUAAUCAUGCACUACUGCUACACGAUAUUUCAUUUGGUUGGCGCUGGAGAAUAUAUCAGCGAAAAUGACGCUGAGGUAGCUGAAAAGGCAGCCCUGGCAAUUCCUCUUGUCACAUCUGUUCUCUCUAUUAUCGGCACAAUCUUUUGUACAGCUUUGGUAGAUCGUUUAGGGAGGAGAAGACUUCUUUUAAUUAGCGUAUCUGGAAUCAUGACAUCCCUCGGAUUGUUAUCAUAUGUGUUCUCCGUCGGGGUUAGGGGCCAUGACCUUAGCAAUGAAGAAGGAUAUCAAUUUUUGGAUUAUUGGCAUUGGUGGCAUUAG